CUGCAAUCUGAGCUCCUUCCUGCUCCGCCCUGACCUAACUCCUGUAGUACAAGUUUCCAGCCAUGCUCUUCACAGCGGCUGGCAGCUGGAGGCACAAAAGGCACAAGAGUAAAAAUUGCACAAGUGACUCUUCUGAGCAUGUUACCAGAUUGUAAGGAAGUGAGCCCAGAGCAGUGACAUGCAGAGCUGCAAUGAACAGCCACCUCUGAAGGUAUUAUGAACUUUAUCAGUUGAGGGAAGGGCUGGAGAAAUCAUUUUGGAGCUCCAAGUGUCGAGAAGAUUCCAGUUUAGACUAACCUCCAUGAUCUCAUGGAAAACAAAAUGGCUGCUGAACUGCUUGUCCAAGGUCUCUCCUUCCAAGCUCAACUAGAGCACAACAUUGAAAGAGAAGAGCAAGUGCAAGCAGGCCUCCACUGCGGGAAGGUGGAAAGGGCAGUCUUUCUUGACGAGCUUUUGGGGUUGGGGUUACCACAAGCUGUGAAUGAGGAACAUACCAAAAGGGUAGCACUUCAGAACUGGGAAGCCCAACAGACAAAAGCGCCACAAAUCCCCAUCACCCCAGCUUGGAACAACUUUCAGCCACCUCUGUUAACCCAACAGGAUGAUAUUGAGGCUUACUUGGGCACCUUUGAGCGUGUGGCUGAGGCCUGUCAAUGGCCUCGGGAAGAGUGGGUGACCCGGCUUGCACCAGCCCUCAAUGGAAACUUCCAACAGGUCACACAUGUCCUGAAUGCCUGUGAUGUAAAGGACUAUGAGGCACUGAAAGAGGCCAUCUUGAAAACACAUAAUAUCACUGCUGAGACAUGGCGCCAGCGCUUCAGGCAGUUCUGCUACCCAGAGGCCAAGCGUCCACUGGAGGUUUGUGGUCAGCUCCGGGAACUUUGUUACCAAUGGUUGAGGCCAGACACACACACAAAAGAGCAGAUCCUGGACCUCCUGAUUCUGGAACAGUUUCUGACCAUCUUGCCAAAGGAAACCCAGAGCUGGGUCAGGGGUCAAGGCCCUGAAACAUGUACCCAGGCAGUAACCCUGCUAGAGGUUUUCCUGCUGAAGCAACAAGAGGCCAAAAGAUGGGAAGGACAGGAGCUAGUCACAAAUUCACAUGAAAAACAGCCAGAUGUAUCCGGAUCUGCUUGCCAAGAAGAUGGACAAGAGAGUGGGGUUGAUAGCAGCUUGCAAGAUGUUGGAAUGAUUCCCAGUGAAAAAGGGGUGCAGACUCCCUUGAAGGAUAAGACAGAUGAACCACAAAGGAGCUUGCAAGCUGUACACAUGGGUGAUCUUGUACAGAAUCGUGGCCAGGGGAGAAUGGGGGAUGGCCAGGUCAGAGCAGCAAAUGAUCAAAACAGACUUCCAUCAACAAUGGACAAAAACAUUUCUGCAGCUUAUCAUGAUCUAGGACACCACAAGAUUCAAGAUACUGGUGUGGGCACAGGAACAAAAUCAAGUAUAACUAGACAGCUCAGCAAGAACUUCGGCAGGCAAGCAGAACUUUUCAGAGACAAGAGAAUGCACCCUGGGGAUAAACCGUAUCAGUGCACUAAGUGCAGGAGGAGAUUCAGCGAAAGCACAGCUCUUCACCAGCAUCUCAAAAGCCACUCUGCUGAGAAACGAUACCAGUGUACUGAGUGCGAGAUGCGCUUCCGGCAGAGCUCAGACCUCAUCAAACAUCAGAGAAUCCACACAGGGGAGAAGCCAUACCAGUGUCAGGAGUGUGGGAAGAGGUUCAGUCUGUGCUCGGCUCUCUACAGACACUGCCGGGGACACUCUGGGGUGAAACCAUUUCAGUGCAAGGAGUGUGGGAAAGGGUUCACACGAAACUCUAGUCUAGCACAGCACCACCGACUUCACAAGCGGUAGAACUCAGUAUCAGAGGAUGCAGUUCUGGAAUGGGUGUCCUUCAAGGUUUUGUGUGUAUUCUAUGAUCUCGCUGUGCAAGCAUUGUCAAGUGCAGGUUCCAGCAACCCGAGGAUCAGGUUCAAUUUCAAUUUCAAAAAACAGGUUUUUAGCUCUAAAGUCUGUGAAAUUAUGCUUCAAGGUAUGCAGGAAGCCCUUAACAAAAAGUGACCUUCAUAGCUCUUUAUAUUAAAUGGAAGCAGAAAUUAAGCACAAUAAACAAA